UCGGCGUAUUACGACUUGGCAAUCUUUUUCUUUGACGGCCCCGAUUGUAUGUCCCGAUGGAUCGGAUAUGUGUGGUAUCCGGAGAAUAAUCCACUCAUUUCUCCUGGAAACAGUAUCACAGCAUUGCUGACUGUUCAACAAGGAAUGCAAGCUUACAACCCUUGGUUGCGAGUGUUAGACGGAAGCACCUGUGGAGGCACUAUGCUCUCAGAGCUUUCUCCUAUUUCCAGCAUUCCUCAAAACGGCAUCCUCUCCAAUAGCAAUACGAUGACUGUUGUGUACACAGAGGCAUUUGUUGGAAUGGGAUUGACAAAUAUUGAUGCCUCUUUUUCAGAGAUUAUAACAGAGGACACCACAACCAACGGGACGGGUACAGCGCCAAUCAGCACUGCUCCAGUUAGUUCGAUGAAACCCACCGAUGGAGCUACCAAAGCUGUGACCAAAUGCCCAAUCACGUUUCUCGUUGUUAUCUUCAUUUGUGAGCUGUUAGAUCCUUUUAAUUAA